UUUUAACAUUUGCCAGUGUUCAGUAUGUGCAGAAUACUGUUUUCAAAAGCCAUCAGUUCAGUGCUACUUCGACUGCUAAAAAUGGAUUUGGUCCACAGACACAGGUUACAGUUAUUUGGAUUGCUGCUGUCUGUAAUAGGAUGGAUUUUAACUGGUACCUGUAACUAUUUACCGGACUGGAAAAACCUCGGCUUAGACUUAAAUGAACUGGAGCUUUGGACUAUGGGACUCUGGCAAACCUGUGUAGUCCAAGACAUAGGAGGAACACAGUGUAAAGACUUUGAUUCUUUUCUAGCUUUGCCCAUAGAAUUCAGGAUUUCCAGGAUUUUAGUAUCUACAUCAAACGGACUAGGACUUCUGAGCCUCGUCAUCUCUAGCCUUGGUUUGGACUGCCUAAAGAUAGAGGAUACAGAGCAGAAGCUAAAGAAACAGCUGUUACUACUUGGAGGAAUUCUCAUGUGGAUAGCCGGAGUUCUGGUCUUAGUUCCUGUUUCCUGGGUUGCCUAUACGAUAAUCCAGGAAUUUUGGGAUGAAGUGAUCCCAGAGAUUGUGCCCAGAUGGGAAAUAGGGGAUGCACUGUUCAGUGGUUGGUUUGGUGGCUUUUUUAUAAUUCUAGGAGGCUCUUUACUUCUCUUGACAAUCUUCUUAUCAUCUGACCAUCAAUUACCAGAACAGUAUACAAUGGGAGAUAUGCAAGACAACCGUCAACAGGUGGAGACUGGAAACAGAAGACUUUAAAAAGGGUACAUGCUAGCUUUUUGGUUUUCUUACUCUUGUGUUACAGUAAGAAAACGCUGAUGAACAGACUGGCUACUGUUUACAAGACUGGGGGAGGGAUUACUACAGUACGGUUCCUUUCAUUUCUACUUACUUUCAAUUUUAAUUAGAUUGUCAUAGCUCAUCAAUUAAUAUAAGUCACUAUUGCUUUUCUCCAAAAUCUAAUCAGUUGCAGUGUUCUUUGUGGUGUUUUUAUGUUUAUUUGCUCGACUGUGUUGGUGUUGUUUUUUCAUGUUAAAUGAGUAAAAAAUUGUGAUGGAUGCAUGGAGACCUAACACUUUUAAACAGCAGAAGCCUUAAAGUUCUUGAAGGGGUUUGCAGUGCCAGUUCAACAUACAUUACAAAAAUCUAAUACAAUAUAACCUUAAAUUAAAUUGCAUGGACCUUUAUUCAUUUGCACUAGUCUAAACUAACCGCUUCCUGAAUGUUAUGCAAUAUUCUUCAUUGUGUGUGUGUGUGUGACUGAAUAUAUCCCAGCAUCACCAUACACACCCUCUGGAAAGCGAGCAUUUCUGAACAGUAACAAGAUGCUGUCUGCUAGAAAGUACUCAUUGCUAUUGCAGCUUUUCUUUAAUGAAUGUAAAGAAUUAACUUCAAGUGAACGCAUCAUUUUCUUUAUAACUUAUCCUAAGACUUGUCAGUGAUUGAUGUGAACUUUCUAUAAAUCACAAAGAUUUUACACUGACAAAUCUAUAUGCUCUUUGUA